ACUGAGAGGAGGGGGUAGAGAUACCACACGUGAACCGGAGGAGAAGAGAGCGGGGUGCUGGAAGAACCGCAGCACGACUCAGAUUACAGCGACAGGUCCAGACGGCCUCCCAAGAUGUCGAUCAAUAAGCAGCAGGCAUCUGAACUUGCUGUGGUGAUCAACCGCAUGCAGAAGAAUGCGGACCAGGUGGAGAAGAACAUCCUGCGUGCUGAGGAGCUCCUGACUGUGGACAAAGAGAGGGACGGGAAGAAGAGGAAGCUCCUUUACCAGCAGGAGAUCUCCCUGAACCUGGGUCAGGCCGAGGAGCUGCUCAAGAACCUGUUCCUGGACGUGGGCAAAGCCAAGAAGCUGAAGCACCCGCAGAACUCUGAGAUAGAGAAAGAUGUGAAAAACCUGCACGAUCGCUGGGCUAACAACUGCGCCAUCUACAGGGACCUGUACGACCAGGUGCAAGACCUGGAGCUGAAGCAGAAGAUUGACUGGGGCCCUGUUCUUCAGGAAAAACUGAACCACAUACUGGGAGAGGAGUACGGCCCCAACCUGUACGACGUAGAGAAGCAGAUCGCCGAGCACAACGUUCUCCACCAAGAGAUCGAAGCCUACAGCAGCCAGCUGCAGCCUGGCUCCACAACCUCCCCGGAGGAUUACAACGCCUUCAAAGAGAAAUAUGCUAAACUUUUGGAGAGCUCCAAGCACAGGCGCAACCACCUGGCCUCUCUGUACGAGUACAUGCAGCGCUGCAGCAAGGAGCUGAUCUACCUGACCGGCCAGCAGGAGAGGAUUCUCAACAGAGACUGGAGUGAUGGCAUGACCGACCCCGCAGGAGUCCGCACCGAGUACGAGAAAUUCAAAAGGAAUGGACUCACGGCACACGAGGAGGAGGUCAAUCACCUCCAGCAGGAGGGAGAAAAUCUGGUUCUAUCGAAACACCCCGCCAGCGAAAUGAUAACGGUCCAAAACGACAGAGUGCAGCUGGAGUGGCAGGCCUUCCUCAACCUGUGCAUAGCGCAGGAAGUACACCUGGAGAACAUUGACAACUACAAGAAGUUCCAGCUGGAUGGAGAGACGCUGUCCGAGUCUCUGCAGAGACUCGGUUCCACCUUGGAUCCAAAGUCCCUGACCAACAAGAGCAAUCCGGAGAUUCUGCUGGCGCUGGAGGGAGAUGAACCAUCCGUGAAAAGGAAUGAGCAGCGAAUGGAGGCCCUAAGGGAGCUCAGCAGGAAUAUUGCUCCUCUGAAGCUGCGCAGGAUCCAGUCCAGCAAACCCAUCCCCGUGGUGUCCCUGUGUGACUGGGCAGAUGAAAACGGGUCAGUGGAGCGCGGCGAGACGAUGAUCCUGAAGUCCAACUCAAACGAUAAGUACUGGGAUCUGGAGGACAGUCAGGGGAAGGCCACAAGCCUCCCAGGGGCAUGUUUUGAGAUUCCACCGCCUGAUCCAGAGGCCUUGGAGACUAUGAAAAGGCUGGAGAGAAAACUGGCAGACCUGAAGAGCAAUAGAACGGCACUGAUGAAUUCCCUGAAAACCCCCACAGCAGAGGUGAUCCGCCCCCAGAAGGCUGCUGUUAUUGAAAGUGCUCCUGAGGAUCCGAAACUCACAGAGCUCAUCGGUGAUGUAGAUAAACUCAACAAAGCUCUGGUGAAGAAUGAGACAGAAGUCCUGAAUAGACUGAGGACCCCACUGAAUAGCAGCAACCCUAUUCAAGACCUGCAAAAAAGGGAGCAAGAUAAUGAGAAAUCUGCUCUGACUGUCAGAAAGCUGGAGUCUGACAAGUCUGCCAUCCAAAGACAAGUGGAUCCAAUUUUGACCAAGAAACCUCUGGGACCACAAGCCUCCUUGUUGCCGCUCAAACUCAGCGCUGCUGACAACAAGAUCCAAGACAUCAAUACGCUCAUGGAUCUUUAUAACAAAAAAGCAACAGCCUCCAUGUUCCUGGAAAAACAGCUGGAAAAGGCUGAUAUCACUGUUUCCACGUUUGAGCAGCAACUAACCAAAGACGGUGUCAUUCUCGAUCAGCCAGAUGUCCUUCAGAGUCGCGUCAAGAAGCUGCAGACUAUGCAGAAGGACGUUCUCUCGAGAAAAGAAGAACUGAACACGCUAGGCAAAGAGCUCGACCUGACCAAGCAAGCUUGCAGCACCCUUCAGCAGAGAUUCAACGAGUACUGCCCCGACAUCCGGCGCCAGGAGAAUCAGGUGAAACUCCUGAAGAACCGCUACACAAGCGUCAAUAAUCAGCUCCAGGAUAGGUUGGCUCUCCUUAAAAAAGCCUCCAAUAAAAAUCAAGAGUUUAACAAUGUUGCUCAGUCACUGGACUUCUUCUUGCUGAAUUUGCCCGAUCACACAAUCAAACCUUCUGAUGGUUUGAGAGAGAUACAGACCAAGGAGAACUUCCAAAAGACAGUGGUGGAGGACAUUGAGAAGAGGUCUGGGGAUUUGGACCGACUCAAGGAUCUGUCCAAAGAUCUGCAGAGUGUUUUGAAUCAAUAUGAAAUCAAGUCAAAAACCUAUUGUGACACUCUGAACGAUAAUGACGACAAUGCGGACGGUGAGGACUACGAGAACGGUGAAGAUGAAACUUAUAAGGCAACAGCUCCAAAGAAGCGUCUAACAUCACCUCUGGCUCAAGACGUGGAAAGAACGGAGAAAGACCUGCUGAACCGCUUCUCUGAGACCUCGGCUGAAAACAAACAGCGACUUAGUCAGCUGGGGACAGCAAAGAACAUGAUUGCAAUGAAUGAAGAUAAAGUGAGUCAGGUGGCUGUCACUCAGCAGCUGCAGCUUCAGAGCCAACAGAAGAACCUCGUGCAAACUGAUGGUCUAAAAAAGGAAUUAGAUGAAGAAAUAAACAGGCGUUUACAUGCUGAGAAUAACUUGGAAAGCUACCGAAAGAGGUUUUUGUCUCUGAAGCACAGGAGAGGAGUGGAAAGGUUGGAGGAGAAGGAAGUGGUGCAGUAUUAUCGUGAACCAAAACUGGAGGCGGAGAUCAAGUCACUGAAACAGCGCAUUCAGGAUGAAGAAUUCAAGGCAUCCAGAAUCCAGUCUGAGGUAAAGCUGAUCAAUGAGAAGAUCAUCACAGUGGAACUACAACUGACCAAAGUGGAACCUAAGCUAGUGACCAAAGUGUUCACUGAAUAUGAACGAGACCCCAAACUUGAUAAAGAGGCAACUGAAAUCAAAGAUGAGAUGGAGAGGAUUCGGAUGGCGCGUCAAACAACAGAUACUGAAAUUGUCCGUUUGAAAACUGAGCUCACGCUUCUAUCUCAGCAGAAACCAAAUAUCAGGCAGAAAAUUGUCAAAAAAGAAGUGGUGAGACUGGAAAAAGACCCAGAGAUGCUGAAAGCAUUUCUAGCAUUCCAGGGUGACAUUGCAGAAGAGGAACUACGCAGCAAGUCUCUCAACGAUCUCAUUUAUAACAUCAGGACCCAAAUCAAUACACUGGAGAGGGUCAUUCCAUCCAUUGAACCCAAGAUUGUGACCAAAGUUGUGAAACAAGUGAAGCAAGAUCCAGAACUGAUGGAUGAGUCAAAGAAAAUAAGAAUCGCUUUGGAAGAGGAGAAGGACGAGAAUGCCAUCAUAAAGAAGGAGCUCACCACCCUUCAGUUCCGUUUUGGGGAACUGGAGCAGCUCAAGCCCAAAGUUGAGGUCAAAGAGAUUAUCAAUGAGAUCUACAGAGUUGAUCCUGACACAGAGAUUGAGCUGGUGCGUCUGAGGAAGAAGCUGCAGGAUUUGAGCCAGCGCCGUUCAGACCUUGAAAACGAGACUGACUCAGUAACAACAACCCUGACCACCCUACGCACCCAGAAACCCAAAGUGGAGUACAAGGAGGUGACCCAGGAGGUGAUCAAAGAAGAGAAGAGUCCAGAGGUCAUGAGGGAAUUGCAAAGACUGAACAACCAAGUCUCCCGCUUACAAGUCAAUUAUGACACCACCCUUGAGCUGCUAACCCGCCUACGUAAGGAAAGGGAUGAACUAAAAGUUGAAAAAUCCAAAGUGGAAACAAAACUUCUGACAAAGGAGGUCAUCAAGUAUGAGGACGACCCUCUUCUGGAGAAGGAGGCUGAUAGGCUUCGAAGGGAUGUACGAGAGGAAAUCCAUCAACGCCGAAGUGCGGAGGAAUGUCUCUUUGAGCUACAGAACCAAUACAUCACUCUUGAAAGGCAGAAACCAGAAGAAAAGAUUGUCACCAAGGAGGUUGUUCGCCUUCAGAAAGACCCAAUGCAGAUCAAGGAGCAUGACAAGUUGAAUAAAACAUUGGACGACGAAACAAAAACACGCAGAAAACUUGAAAUAGAGGUCAGACAGCUGAGAGCACUGAUAAUAGAAAAAGAAAAAGACAUAGCCAAAAUGGAUGAUCGCCAGAAGAAGAUCCAAGUAGAGUCUGAGCUCAGGCAGAUCAAGAGUCGCAUUCUUGAACUGGAGAAUGCUCCACCUCCCGUUGAAGAGAAGAUCAUUAUCGAGGAGGUCCUGAAAGUGGAGAGGGACCCCAAGCUGGAAAAACUCACUGAGGGUACUCGUUUUGAAAUGGAGAAGGAGAGCACCAACAUCAGCCGCCUUGAGAGAGAAAUUCGGAAUCUCAAACUGAAGUUGGAGAUUCUGCAGAAGGAGAAGUCCAUUGAGAAAGUUGUUUACAGAGAAGUGGUUCGAGUAGAGAAAGACCCAGCGGUUGAAGCCGAGAGGGAUCAUCUCAGAGAUAUUGUAGCGCAGGAGAGGAGUCUGAGGCGAAAUCAAGAAGACAGCCUGCAGAGCAUAAACAACCAAAUACACCAUCUGCAGACAUCAAGAUCAAUGACUUCUCACGAGGAGACAACUCUAAUCACAAGUAAAGAUACUCUGCAGAGGGAAAAGGAAGAGCUCCUGAGACAACUGAAAGCCCUGGAGACUGAAAGGCAUACCACCAGCAUUACCUUCCAACAACAGUCCAAGUUGAUAAGUGAGAGGAACCAGAUGGCACGCCAGAGAAGUCUAAAAACAUCCACUGAGAUCCAGAGGCUGGAGAAAGACAUCCUGCAUGAGAAAGAUAAGAUACACCAGAGGGAGACCCUGAUUGCUGAGCUCCAGAACGGUAUAAAGUCAGAAGAUCAUUCGGAAACUCACACCAGAGAGACAAACCUCUCAACAAAGAUCACCAUCUUGGAUCCAGAGACCGGCAAAGACCUGUCUCCCUAUGAUGCUUACUUGCAAGGAGUAAUUGAUCGAAACCACUACCUUCAGUUGUCUCAGCUGGAGUGCGACUGGGAGGAAAUCACUUCAACCGGCCCAGAUGGAGAUACAACAAUUUUGCAAGAUCGGCAAAGUGGGAGGCAAUACUCUGUCAAGGAUGCUCUGAAGGAAGGCCGCCUGACUGAGUACGAUGUGAUCCAGUACAAGGAGGGGAAAAUGACUACCCCUGAGUUUGCCCUCCUUGUUGCAGGAGAAAAGCCAGCACCUUUCAUUCCUACAGUAAUACCAAGAUCCCCAAGUAAGCCCAUCCCAUCUUCCCCCAUGAACCCCAUGCCUUCACCCUUAAGGUCUUCCUACACCAACUUGAACACUCGGCAGAGUCGCAGCAGUUUGAACAACCUCGCCGAUAGCACAUCAGAAAACAAUUUCCCUAUCUCUGGCAUAUUUGAUACCACCACCGAUAGCCGCAUGUCUGUGCGAAGUGCUCUCACUCGUAAACUAAUCGAUCAAGACACUGCAAUAAGGCUGCUGGAGGCACAAUCAGCUUCCGGUGGAAUCGUCGAUCUGACCAAAGUUGACAAGCUCUCUGUCCACAAAGCAGUCCAGCAAGGCCUUAUUGACUCAGGUCACAUGUACCAGCUGCUGAAUGCUCAGAAAGCCUUCACUGGAGUCGAGGACUCUGUGACCAAACAGCGUCUGGCAGUGGGAGAGGCAGCACAGAAAGGUUACAUGCCCAAAGAGAACGCCAAGAGGUACAUGGAAGCACAGUACCUCACUGGUGGGUUAGUGGACCCCAAUAAGGCUGGCCGCCUCACCAUCGACGAGGCACUUGCAAGAAAUUUGAUUGAUAGCACAAUGGCUAAUGAGCUGAAAGACGAUGCUUUGCACUCCAAAGAGCUGGUAGACCCCAUCACCAAGGAGAAAAUAUCAUACAAGCAGGCUAUGGAUCGGUGUAAGAGAGACGUAACUACUGGGCUCCUGCUGCUUCCUGUAACCUCAACAGGAACAAAUGCUCCAUCCUACUCUAGCUACAACUUCUAUUAACAGCAAAAUUCAAAAAGAGAUUUAGAUUAGCUCCAGAUUGUGGUGCUAGCAAACUGACUGGAGCAGAAACAUUAAUGUUCGGGCAUACAUCAGAUGAAGAAAGAGAAAAACAUUUAUUUUGGGGGGAAUGUACUCAUAGACUGUUUUUCUUGGUAAUGGUUCUAGUUUUCUGUAAAAAUGAAGGUAUUUUUGUCUUAAUGUCAUAAACGUUGCCUUUUUCCCAAACAUUGUGAAAUACUGCUUCACAUGCAUGUUCCUAUUAAACUCAACUAACUUGCAUUCCUUUUUUCUGACCUUUUUUUAAAAAUAGUCUUUAAUUGAUCUGGCAAACAAAACUCUGUUUAGUAUAUAAACUGUAACUCAUUAUUUACUUUAGCUACCUUUUAAUCUCAUUUAAUAUAAUAUAAAUAUAUAUAUAUAUAUAUAUAUUUCAUUUGAAGAGUCCUUAGAAUAUUUGGCCAAUGGCUCACUCAUGGGGAAACAUUUGAGGCAGUAGCUGUAAAAAAUUUGGCAUCGCAGAGUGUAACAACACAUUCCUUGCAAACGUUGCACCACUUCAACAUCGCCCACCUGUGGUUGUCACUACAAACACCCUAAGUAUAGCUUCAGGGAGCUGCGGGCUUUGUUUUUGAUAUCAAUAGGAGGGCCGUCCUGUCAGUGGUGUCUGUCCAGGAACGACUCACUCCACAUGACAGUGAGUCAUGCUCUGGAACUGUCUGUGCUUACCUCAAGGUAAAAUUCCUGUACUCUAUGUACACAGCUUGUAAACUAAGGCGAGUCAUAGGCUUGGAAACGCAGGAUUAAGGGUACAGAUUAAACGUGACUCAGGCAUUUGUUGAAUUAACAAUUAGGACAACCUAACAAGUGAUACUCUGGAAAAUGUAGUCAAAGGAGGACCACUGAUCAAUGUUUUUGACCUUCCACAGAUCUACCCACAUCCCAAUGCACACUUCAGAAAGUAGUUACCCUUGGUUCAUUUUAAAAUUAGGAAAAGGUCUACCACACAUUUAUCUAGUCAAUAUUUGAUAUUAGUGGAUUAAGUGCGUGAAAGACCCCAUCUGACCUCCCCCCAAAGAGGGUUCACAGCUACAACUGUGGCUGGCAUGUCCGUCAGUCAGAUUACCCGAUGACUGCAAGGACUUUGUAGGAUUAUUAGCCAUGAGCCUGUCUGGAGGCUGAAGUGACCCCACUCUGUGUCCAGGGGGAGGGGGUUAAGGAAUGAUGGUUGGGUCAUCUCCAAAACAUGAAAACAGCCUGGCAUGCGAUGCGUUUUGUUGUUUUUGUUAAAUUUUUUUUACGAGAACAAAGAAGCAACACGUUGAAAGUUUCCAUUUUUUCAUUUCUUUCUUAUUGUACUGACAGAUGCACAACACUCAGAGGAAAAAGCUUACUGAAAGGCCUAGAGUACGACAGCAUCCCAUACACCACACAGAUGUGAAAAUGAUUUGCUUUGACGGGACUGUUGCCUGACUGAUGCACAUAAUAACUGACUCCUGUUUUGUGUUGCUUGAUUAUUAUUGUUUUGAUUCAAAUGGAGCACUGAUGGAACAAAAAGUGAGCAUCUGCAUUUUGGUCUCGCUAAAUUACACCACAAAGGAUGGCGACAAAGGCUCCAGUAACAAUAAUUGGCCCAACACCAUAUCUGCUUCAAUUACAAGUGGCAUAAUUCAGUUAAACCAACUGUCAAUUCUUCUUGUUAAAUUUUACAUCAGUAAUUUAAUAUGCCCUAUCUGUAAAGUGUCUGGUAUAUACUGUAGACUGGCAUCUGAAAAAUAAAACUUUAUUGAAACUGAA